AUGGGGCACUGGAAUCGAAUCAAGAUUGUCAAAUGCCAGAUACUGAUCACCAACUUCUUUGUCUUGCUGCUGGGCCUCUCUAUGGCCACCAUGGCAGUUGUCACUCACUUUGGAGACCACUUUACUGUGAUUGGCCGUGCAUCCUUGGAGAGGAACCCCUAUGAAACACUGCGCUAUUGGGCCUUUUAUGUGGGGAUCGGCCUCGCAGGGCUACUGAGCCUGGGAGCCGCUCUGAGCACCAUAGCCACUGUGAGAGAAGCCCAUGGCCUCAUGGCUUCGGGUUUCCUGUGCUUUGCCCUGUCAUUCUGCAUCCUGGUGCAGGUGGCCUUCUGGAGAUUUCACAACCCCACCCAGGUGGAGGAUGCGGUGUUGGAUACCUAUGACGUCGUGUAUGAUCAGGCGAUGAAGAGCCCAUCUAGCAGCUUGUGGCAGGAGCUGGCUGUCAUCCAGGACACGUUUCUGUGUUGUGGGAAGAAAUCUCCUUUUGGGCUUCUGUCGAGCACGGGAGCCAUCAUGUGUCAGGGCCAGGAGGCCAUGAGAGAGGACUGCCUCCAGAGCAUCGGGAACUUUCUGUGGACACACUACAGUAUCGCUUCCACCCUGACCUGCACCAGCCUGGCCCUCACGGUAUACGCUAUGAUGCUCUGUGCCUUCCUCUGGUUUGCCAUUCACUCCUACUGUGGCUUGGAUCGAAAAGGCAGAUACACCCUGACCCCACGAUCCCAUGGCUGCCAGCCCCAGGAACCCAGUCUCUUCAGAUAGACCCAGGAUGAGCUGGUGCCUAAACACCCCUCUGAAGUGCAUGCAUUUGCUAACUAUUCAACAACUCUCUGAAGCAUGGGUGUUAGCUGACGAUUGGGUCGAACAGGACGAUUGCUGCUUGCUUGGCCCUGAGCCUUCACAUGAUCCUCAAAGGAGUAGAUAAACUCUGUCUUGCACAUGAUGAGGCAAGAGAAGGGGAGACUAUCCCACCAGAUGUGUUAGUUAAUUUUACAUUGUGGUGGCCAGAGACCUACCAGAAACAGGAAAAAUUUAUUCUGGCUCACGACUUCAGAAAGACUCUGGUCCAUCACAACAGGGAAGGCAUGGAAGAAUGGCUGUGUCUAUGGCAGCAGGAACAUAAGGUGGAAGAUAGAUGUUGAGGUCAACUAACUUCCUCUGGGUCAUCAUGGAGAAAAACAUGACUGUGGCUCUGUAGUCAUGAUACUGAAAUGCAGAACCACAUGGUGACAGCCAUGUUUUGGUAAUGGCCAUGGGGCUGCUAAUGCUCCUUAGUUUAGGGAGGAGAGGUUACCGUAUCUCCACCUGGGAUUCCAGCUACCUCUCCCUCCUGCCCAGUAACUGUUAGGGUCUUAGGAGAUGCUGGACUGUGAUGAGUUAACUGAAGCCAGGACUCCAGGAUCCAGAAUCCACGAGGUGGGGCAUUUAGGUGAUGAAAGUGUUUGGGAUUACCCACACUCCUUACAAGUAACUCC